UGUGCGGCGGCCAUUUCCCCUUUAACCUGGCCAAGCUGCUGGCACUGUGCACACAGCGAGCGAAGCAGGAAGUGGGAUAUUAAUUCAGGAUGAGCAGCACUUCUGAUCCUCAGAUGUUUGAAGAGAUGUUUGCUCAACGCUUUACGGCAGAUGACAUAGAAUAUCAGGAAUAUGUAAAAAGGCCACAAGAGAUACCCCCAAUUGUGGAAAACUGGAAGAUGGGCAACCAAAGACACCAGGAUAGGUAUCGAGAUAACAGACCACGUAGAGAAUGGGAAGGAAGACGAGAUUGGUCACAUAAUUACAAUCAGCCACGUGGUGGGAGAGGAUGGGGUAAUCAUUACAAUGAAUACAGACAAGAAGGGCGUUAUGGAUAUAAUAACCCUGACAGCCAAAGAUUUCACUCUGGAAGAUAUUAGGGAGAAACACAUGAACUUUAUUUUCUGUAACUAUUUUAGUCUUUUAUCUUGCGUUUUCUUUAAAUAAUAAAAGAGAUUAGCUGCACUGUAUAGAUUUGAUAUUAUUUCUCCUUCUGAAAAGGAAAUAAAGGGGAUGGUUAAUUCAGUAUUAAAUAUGAAAGCUUCACAGAGCAGCAAAAAUACACAGGGGUGUUUAGUGGAUUGUUAUCUGCUUUGGAAAGCGAGCGAAUAACGAGGUUGCAAGUCAUAUCUUGCCUUUAAAUGCAAUACAGUUGGAAUGUGAGCAUAAUUUCUUGAUUAAUAAAUUAUAUGUACUCAUGGCAAUCAUAA